AUGACACAAACCGCGUCAGCAUCAGAGCUGGCCACGCUCACCCUCGAUCACAUCUUGACAGAUCUCGAGGGGCUGUCGUCUUCAAACGCACUUUUCACCCUCGCCCAGACCUCGGCGCAACCGAGCCGAUCGCGCACCAGCGUAGAGGUCUUGCAGAGCUUCGAAAGCGGUAGCGCGCCGUCGAGCCGGAAGGCGUACGUGGAGCUGUCGCAUCAGCUGUCGGCGAGCUAUAGGACAGCACAGCGGUUGAAUGACGAACGCGUGACGGCGGCGCAGGUGGGGCUGGUGUUGCCGUCGGAGCGCAAGAGUCGCGCUUCGGCGGCGUCGGCAUCACAGAGGGGUGGUGGCAGAGAUGGAUCGUGGCGGAGUGGGGAGGAAGAGACGUCGACGAGGACGGAUCUGCUGCAUGCCAAAGUGGCCGAUCUGCAGGCUCGGGUCGAUGCAUGGGAUCGGGCGUUGCAGCAGGCGGUGCAGCUGGUUGAUGGUACACCACCACCUCACGGCGCCGCGCAAGGUGCGGCAGAGAUGAAGGCAGACAAGAUCGCUUCAGCUUCUCUUGGAUCGGGGGUAGCUCAGGACCACGACGAACAGAUAGCAGAGAGCGCACCCGUCUCUGCUCUCGAGUCAACGCUGUCGACGGGCCAGCAACGCGAAGAGCACAUUGAAGUGUCAAGCACCGCCCCACCCGCCACUGCGGUCGCCGCGACAUCCGCAACAGAAGAUGUCUUCGAAGACGACGAUCCAUGGAGCGACCUCACCUAG